AUGGACCUGGCAUCAUCAUCCAAACGGAGACCAGUCCGUCGAGACUUGAUGUCUGAACUUGGCGAGGCUCGGAAGAGUGCAGAUGUGAGGAAACCGACCAAGCCAUCGACGCAUGAAUGGGUUCGAAAAGCUUUUGGGAAAGGAUUCUCCCGUCGGGAGGAGAAAGGAAUCGGCGAGAAGAAGGACACACAGAUGAGCUCGUCGGAGAAGGAAGCUCCUGGGAACAGAGCGCCAUGGUACAAAGUCUCCGAAAAAGAUGCGGCGGUGGCUAAAGAAAUCUAUGCCCAGAAUGAUAAAUGGGUUCGAACCGAAGAAGACCAGAGGAGACGACGAGAGAUGACGGACACGACGGAGAUGGAGCCGAAGCGAGUCUCCGAUAAGAAGCCAGAGGCGGAGCAACGACGGAACUCCGACCAGGCUGUGCCCCCAAAAGCCGCGGCGGAGAGUCUUAAGCCGACGAGGAGAAAUUGUGUUGAGACUAAGGGUAAUGGGCUGGAGAUACAAAAAGCCCAAGAAGGGAUCAUGUUGGGCCUUCAAACUAAUCUUGAUGCUAAGGAAGUGAUGUCCCCUCUCAAAGAAUUUGUGGUCAAAGCCAAGCAGGACAUGAGGAACGGGCCACGAGGUGGGCCUAGGAUUCUGAAUAAAGAGCCAAGAAGGAUUAAAAAGAGAAUUAGUAAGGCCCUUGGGGUUAAGAAAAAGAUUGAACACAGCUCGUUUAGGGGGUGUCAUAUUCACAAGCAUGCGUCCUUAGCAAGGGAGGAUCCAGUGAUUGGAGAUUAUGCAUUGAACGGGAAUGUUUUUCCGUCAUCUUCGAAGACGGGUCCAGAAGGUGGACAAACUUCGAAGAAAUUCAAAGAUCCGGUGGUUAUGGGAAAACCACCGGCAGGCGCUUAA